CAUCCAGCUGUCACAGAUUUAGCAACACGAACGGCACUGCUCAAUAACACGAGGUUUUAUUUAUUUAUUUACUCUUCCAGAUAAAUAAACCAAACCCAAGUGCUGGAACAAUCACCAUUUUCACGUCCUUCCGCAUUUGCCAGGAAAAUCAUCUCCUUCCCCAGCCGCUAUAUAACUUAUGACGCCACUCAAUAAACCAACUCAUCAGACGCACGCAAAUGAAACUGGAGCACGACGGAGCAUCCGCAUCCGCAUCCGCCGCCACUUACCGCGGCGUUCGCAAGCGGAAGUGGGGGAAAUGGGUUUCCGAAAUCCGCGAACCGGGUAAAAAAACCCGAAUUUGGUUGGGCAGCUUCGAUUCCGCAGAAAUGGCCGCCACCGCCCACGACGUCGCCGCCCUCUGGCUCCGCGGUCGAGACGCCCGGCUCAACUUCCCCGAUACGGUCUACGACCUCCCUCGCCCGGCCGGCUCCCGGCCCAGCGACAUUCGAACCGCGGCUGCGGAGGCGGCGCAGCGGGGCCCGGUCCGGUUCAGGCCUGAGCCGCUUCGGCCCGUUAGGUGUGUGCAGGGUUUGUGGACCGGGGACUGGGGCCUGGAAUCUCCCGGGAUGUGGAGGGAGUUGGAGGAGGCUUUGUUGCUGCAGCCACAACCGGCGGCGGCGUUGGGGGAGGAGGGUGAUGCGGGGGUGUGGGGGUGGCAUCGCCUGCUUAACUUAACGGCUGUCGUCCUGUUCGGCUUCUUCGCAUUUUUGUACUGGAAGGAGCUGGAUUGUGGUUGUGGAUGCAUGGCUAACUCCAUAACUAAGUUUUAGAAUUAUUUCACAUUUUAAAUAAAAAAGUUAAUGUUUUCUUCUGCUAUAUGUAAAUGAAGGGAGCUGACAAUUUGAAUGGUAAGGGCAGUUACAUGGCUAUCAUAAAUGGAGCCAAAAUGUAGGUAUUAUUGCUGUGAUAAUAAAAAUGCUAGAAUUUGAAUUUUGAUUGCGUUAUUUUUGUGAGUAUAGCUUCAUUU